GUGUUGGGAGGCAUUUAGAUUUCUGUGUUCCGUGUUCCAGAAUCUAUGACUUAGACAUUUGCUCAUAGAGCCCAGAGUUCCAGAUCACCCCUAAUUCCGAACACCACAGGGUAAGUCUGGAGCGAGUCACCUGGGAGGUCUUACAGGUGCCAUAAUGCAGGCCUGGGGCACUGUGAUAGUGACCUUGGCCAUACUGAUGGUUGUCACUGUGGAUGCCAAGAUUUAUGAACGCUGCGAGCUGGCUGCAAGACUGGAGAGGGCAGGGCUGAACGGCUACAAAGGCUACAGUGUUGGAGACUGGCUGUGCAUGGCUCACUAUGAGAGUGGCUUUGACACCGCCUUCGUGGACCACAAUCCUGAUGGCAGCAGUGAAUAUGGCAUUUUCCAACUGAAUUCUGCCUGGUGGUGUGACAAUGGCAUUACACCCACCAAGAACCUCUGCCACAUGGAUUGUCAUGACCUGCUCAAUCGCCAUAUCCUGGAUGACAUCAUGUGUGCCAAGCAGAUCGUGUCCUCACAGAACGGGCUGUCUGCCUGGACUUCAUGGAGGCGGCACUGUUCUGGCCAUGAUUUAUCUGAAUGGCUCAAGGGGUGUGCUAUGCAAGUGAAAAUUGACCCAAAAAAUUAUCCAUGACUCAGAUUCGAAGAGACAGGUUUUAUUUCCCUUUCAUUCCUUUCUCUUGUGCAUUUAAUAAAGGAUAGUAUCUAUAAACAAUGCAAAAGAU